GGUUAGCCGCCCAAGAAAGACAAAGGCUAAACGACACACCCCACUUGUUAUCACGAGGUGGAUAUGCAAAACUGGAGAAGAAACUGAGAAAGUCUAGAGCCGAUGCCUUGGGACUUGAGUCGCCUGACCUAGCACCUGCACCUGCUAGGUACGAGCUGUGGAAGGCUGCUCGGACUAAAUCUGAUGGGAACAUGACAUCUUCCUCAGCUGCCUUGAUCUCACAGAGAAUUGAUGAGUUGGUUGAGCAGCAGACUCAGGGGACAUUUGUUGGCCAAGGUAGGGACGACAUUCUGACAACGGCCAUUGGAAGGCCCGAGCACCCAGGACGUGUACGUGGAGUUCCAGGGGCGAUUGGUCUUCGUGACUAUUUUGGCCCUACACAGAAAACCCCCCAAUCAAUGAGUCAGGAGACACUGAGGCAGAUGGAUCUUCAGUGGGAGGAAAGACUCAACCAAAGCAUGAGAUCAAUGGAGCAACGAUUCAUGGAGCAGCUACAAGAACAAAAACAAAUACAAAGAGCGCUUGAAGAAAAGCUGCAUUCCAUGACGCAAGGCCACAUGGGGGCCGAUGAAACUCCCACAGCACCUCGUGUCAGCACUAGAGGAUCAUGCUCUGCUGUAGAACCCAAUGAGUAUAGCGGUCAAUAUGAGCUGUUGGUUGAUGGGGAUCCCCCACGCAUUGUGGCUGUCGGACGAGUGCUUGAGGGAGGGGAGACCAUUCAUGGUGUUGCCAUAUUACCCCAGCACGUGCGUGUGACCAUUGACGAGGUUCGGGAUCCCCAGGCUCAGGUGCCUGUACCCACUCCAGAAAUUAACUUUGUGGGGGAGGCCAUAGGAACAUUUAUUGCCUGGCCUAGAGCAUUGAUCAUGUCCCACAUCGCGACUCCACAGUUCACACGUCCUCAGAAGCAGCCAAUUCAUGAUACAGUCAUACAUGAAGAUGAUGACAUGGCUGAAGCAGAGGAUGAUCCUAUAUCAAAGUUAGUGACAAAAUUACCCAGAUUGAAGAAAGCAUCAUUACAACUAUACUGGGAUUUGAGGGUAUUUGGUCUUCCCCCACAUGUGCCAGUUUAUAUCACAUUUUCUGAUGCAUUGGAGGUGAUUGAGGGAGACAGGAUGUUGAAUAUUUCCAUCAUUCAGUUGUGGUGCAUGUACAUGGACACAAUCGUUGUAGACCAAGGUCGGUCUUCCAUGUACGGAUUUGUUGAACCUCAGACCAUUCAACCGUCUGGUAACACACUUCAAAACAGACAACAUUAUUUGCAAACAUGGAUGGAUGAGUCCAAAAGAGACAUAUACCUUGUGCCAUACAUUGACGGGUACGUGUUUUUAUAUGUGGUCAGUUUAUUAUUAUAGUUUCCUUAAUUAGUUGAAUAACUAUUUGUCCUUCGUGAUAGGUCUCACUGGCAGCUGAUGGUUAUCAUUCCCAAACAAUGUAAAAUUAUAUGGUUUUGUUCGUUGCACAGGAAGAUGAAAAAUGACUUGAGAACCAUGCUUCAAGGAGUUAUUGGUAAAUCUCGUGGUCAAUUGGUUCAAAUUUUGUAUCCAAAGUGUAACCAGCAGGUAGAUUCAUGGGAAUGUGGCUUCUAUGUGAUGUGUUGGAUUAAGACCAUCAUUCGAGCUGUCAUUACAGAUGACUGGAAUGAGCGCUUCAAGACUACAUCGCCUAUUGCAGAGGACACAAUUAACCAGAUAAGGCAGGAGUGGACCGCUUAUCUUUUACAAAGAUGGAGUUAGGAAUAGUUAUAUUUCUUCUUGAUUGAACAUUGUUUGGUUUUAGUUUUAUUUUUAUGUUAAUAGUUUGGUAGUGGAUUGAACAUUAAGUAGAAUUUUGUUUAUAUAAAACGCAUAUUUAUGUU